AUGAUCAAUUUCGCUAACGUGGUGGUCUACAACUACCAGUACCUGCUGGACCCCAAGGUGUCGGGGAUAAUCUCGCGGGAGCUGGAGCGGGAGAGCAUUGUGGUGUUUGACGAGGCCCACAGCAUCGACAACGUGUGCAUUGAGGCUUUAAGCGUCAACGUGCGCCAGCAGACCAUUGAUGGCGCGAACAGGAACCUCGCCCGGCUCAACACAACCGUUAAGCCGUUCGAGGCAAAGGAUGCAGAGAGGCUGAAGGAGGAGUACCAACGACUGGUGGAUGGACUGGCGCAGAGAGGCAACCUGCCAGCCCGCCAAUCAGCAUCGGACAUGCGGCUGGCAAACCCACUGCUGCCAGCGGACAUCCUACAGGAGGCGAUGCCGGGCAACAUCCGCCAUGCCGAGCACUUCCUCGCCUUCCUGCGCAGAUUCCUCAGCUACCUGCAGACGCGCCUCAACACCACGCGCGUCGAGUCCGAAGGGCCCCUCGCCUUCAUGCAUGCCCUGCAGGCAGCGACGGGCAUAGAGAGCAAGAGUCUGCAGCUGUGCUACGACCACCUGCAGUCGCUGGUGCUGACGCUACAGGUGGCGGAGGUGGACGAGAUGGGUCACGUGCAGUGCGUGUGUGACAUCGCCACGCUCGUGGGCACGUACACGCGGGGCUUCGCCAUCAUCAUCGAACCCUAUGAUGAGCGACAGCCACAACUAGCUGACCCCGUGCUGCAGCUCUCUACUUCCUCUCCCCUUCGCCCCACCCCUCACCACCCACCUUGCCUGCAGCUGAGCUGUCUGGACGCCUCACUGGCCAUCCGGCCCACCUUUGAGCGGUUUCAGAGUGUGAUAAUAACGAGAAGCAUGCUGAGCCCCAUCGACCUGUACCCGCGCCUGCUCAACUCCACCCCGUCUGCAUCCGCUCCCUCUCCAUGUCGCUCUCGCACGACUGCCUCUGCCCGCUCGUCGUCACACGUGGCAGGUAAAGAAGCGUUGCCAUGCGUAGGGGUGUGGGAGGGUUGUCGCGUGUGA